AUGACGGAGAGGAUCUUCCACUGGAGUCUCAGUGGUCCUCUUGCAAUUGUUCACAAGUAUUAUCAGCCUGGAGACUUAAUUAUUGCUGCUAUUCUUUAUCAGGUCUUCUUUCUUUCAAAUGAGAUCACUUUUGAAAGCCUUCCUUCUCGUGAAGUGCUUGAUCAGUACCUGUUCCUCACUCAUAACUACCAACAGACUUUGGCUCUGGCAUUUGCUGUAAAGGAGAUCAAUGAACUUUCUGGCAUAUUACCCAAUGUCAGUCUUGGUUUCCAGAUUGCUACCGACUAUCUUGAGGAAAUUACUACUUACCUUUUAGCACUGGAAUUUCUAUCUACAAAAGAUAAAUUUAUCCCCAACUACAAAUGUAAAGACCAGACCAAUAUGGUAGCUGUCAUUGGAGGACCCCGUUCUAAGACCUGUCUCAACAUGGCUACUGCUCUGUGCAACUACAAGCUUCCUCAGAUCACAUAUGGAUCAGCUCCACUGAUGAAUAAUAUACCAGCAGACCUUUUUGUCAAAUGGAUGUUCCCAGAUGAGAUCCACCAGCUUAAAGGAAUCCUACACUUACUAUUGCAUUUUGGAUGGACCUGGGUUGGGUUUGUUUCUUUGUAUGAGGAAGACAGAGAGAGGUUCCUUCAAAAGAGUCUUUCCAUGUUUUCAGAGAGAGGAAUCUGCUUUGACUUUAUGGAAUGUCUCCCUCAAAUGAUGUAUGGUAAUGAAGCUGCUGAAAUGGUGGAAAAGGCAGAUAAAUUAUACAAAGUGAUCAUGGGGAGUACAGUCAUUGCAGUGAUCUUCAAUGCUGAAAUUACAAGCAUAGUGACUCUGAGAGUAAUGAUCAAUGUGUUAGAUUCUGAUGAUAUUCCAAAGAAGAGAAAAGCCAAAGUUUGGAUCCUGACAGCCCAGAUGGAAUUCACCUCCAUUCUGAUGCAAAGAGAGUUGCCCAUUGAUUUUCUCCAUGGUGCUCUUUCCUUUGCAAUUCACUCUAAGCAGCUGACAGGUUUCCAACAAUUUAUGCAGAAGAGAAACCCAAUCUUAGAAAAGGAAGAUGGCUUUAUUAGGGAUUUCUGGAAAGAUGCUUUUGAGUGCUCAUUCUCCAGAGAUAUUCCAGAUGGGAAUGCUGAAAGGAUCUGCACUGGAGAAGAGAAGCUGGAGACUCUUCCUAAUUCUGUUUUUGAGACCACCAUGGGUGGACAUAGUUACAGCAUCUACAAUGCAGUCUAUGCUGUGGCACAUGCUCUGAGGGCCAUGCACUCCUCCAAACCCAAAGAGGGUCAGAUAUUGGAUGAGAACAGAUUGAAGCUGUUGCCUCAGUCACCAUGGCAGCUCCACCACUUUUUGCAGCGAGUCUCCUUUAACAACAGUGCUGGGGAAGAGGUUUCUUUUAGCCCAAAAGGGGAAUGGGUAACUGGAUUUGAUAUUUUCAGUUGGGUCACGUUCCCAAACAAGUCCUUUGUGACCGUCCAAGUUGGAAAGAUCAACCCCCUGGCUCCCCCAGAGAAGGUCCUCACCCUUUCUGCCAAGGAUAUCAUUUGGCCCCACAUAUUUAACCAGGUUUCAAUAAACUAUGAUCUGUGGUAUGAAUGGAAAAGUCAACCAAGCUUUGAAAGAGAUUUAGAUGAUUGUGUCCCAUGUCCAGAAGAUCAAUAUCCAAGCAAGGAUCGGGAUAGUUGCCUUCAAAAAGGCAUAACUUACUUGACUUAUCAAGAUCCUUUGGGGAUUUCUUUGGUAGUGAUUGCACUCUCCUUUGCUUUCAUCUCAGCUGUGGUGCUGGGGAUCUUCCUGAAACACCAGGACACCCCCAUUGUCAAAGCCAACAACAGGAAUCUCACUUUUACCCUUCUCACUGCUCUCCUGCUCUCCUUCCUUUGCACUUUGCUUUUCAUUGGCCAACCUGACCAAGUGAAAUGUCUCAUGCAACAAACUGCUUUUGGGAUCAUCUUCUCUGUAGCUCUUUCUUGUAUACUGGGGAAAACAACCAUUGUUGUGCUUGCUUUCAUGGCCACCAAGCCAGGCUCCAAGAUGAGGAAAUGGGUGGGCAAAAGGCUGGCCAACACUAUUGUGCUUUCUUGCUCCCUGGCACAAUUCACCAUUUGUGCAGUGUGGCUGGCAAUUUCUCCCCCAUUCCCAGUUUCUGACAUGCAUUCAGUGGCUGAAGAAAUUGUCCUGGAAUGUAAUGCAGGCUCAACCACAAUGCUGUAUGCUGUCCUUGGCUUUAUGGGGUUCUUGUCUGCUGUCAGCUUCACCGUGGCCUUCCUAGCUAGGAAUUUACCUGACAGCUUCAACGAAGCCAAAUUUAUCACCUUCAGCAUGUUGGUCUUUUGCACUGUUUGGGUGUCAUUUGUUCCCACCUAUCUGAGUACAAAGGGGAAAUACGUUGUGGCGGUGGAGAUCUUCUCCAUUUUGGCUUCUGCGGCUGGAUUACUGGGCUGCAUCUUUUCCCCCAAAUGCUAUAUC